GCAGCAUCAUCUGCAUACAAGGAUGCACGGAUGGGCCGACCACAAAAAGGAUGCAACAAGCCUUGACCUUGACAACAUUCUACCGGCCUUCACGGCAUAUUUGGAGGACAAGGUGGCAGGCAAGCUUCCGCCUUGGUCGUCGAUGCAUGUGGCUACGCUGGGGCGCAUUAUUUUGAUCAAGGCCGUGCUCACUACCAUUGCCAUUUACCACCUCACGCUUCUAGAUCUUCCGGUUUUGAAGCGAGAGGUACCUGAAGCGCAAGUACCUGAUGUUGCUUGGCAUCCUCGAGGCCAGCGUGAUGUACCAGGCGGGUCUCGCGCGUCCCGGAGGCAUGUGGGGUGACGACGAUACCCCGUCGCCGUCCCCAUCGGCACACCCGCCCACCGUAGCUGGCAACCCGAUCCUGCUUGACUUCAACGCUGCACGGUACCAAGCAUUCUUCUACUGCAACGCGACUUCCUUUGUGGCCUCUAUCGCCGUCAUCCUGCUGCUGCUGCAGCGCACCUUGAAGAAGCAGCAGCCCGGCGCGCCGCUGCGGACGUUGCAGACCGCCGUGGUGCUGGACCUGCUCGGGCUGCUUGGCGCGUACGCCGCCGGCAGCUGCAGGGACUGGGAGACGUCUGGCUACGUCAUCGCGCUCGUAGCCAUCGUGGUCGUCUUCAUUGCGCUGCACGGGCUGUUGUCGUUCGACAUCGUGUUUAACAAGGCCAGGAAGCUCCUGCCGAAGAAGUACUUUGGAGGUGGCAACGAUGUUGAGGCCCAGCCCGGGAAUCCCGAUCAGACCAGCCGCCAUGGACAAUGCCUAGUUUAUGUUUUCUUUGCUUGUUUGCGUUCUUUUGAUUCCAAAUGCGUGCGCCACAGAUUCCAUUUGAUGUGUCUUGUAUGUGGAGUAAUGAACAAGUAUUUGUAAAUUUUCAUUAACUCAAUCCAAUUCAAUUGUUCA